UCUCUCUGUUCUUCAAACACAGUGGGGAAACAAUGGUGGCUGACUCGACGGAACCGGUGGCCUUCGUCGCGGUGCCGUUCCCUGCGCAGGGCCAUCUGAACCAGCUGCUGCACCUGUCGCUGCUGGUGGCGUCGCGGGGGCUGUCGGUGCACUACGUGGCGCCCGCCGCGCACGUCCGGCAGGCACGGUCGCGCCUGCACGGCUGGGACCCCGACGACCUCAGCUCCAUCCACUUCCACGACCUCGACGUCUCCACCUACGAGUCCCCGGCGCCCGAUCCGACCGCUCCCUUCCCCAACCACCUGCUGCCCAUGUGGGAGACCUUCGAUGCCGCCGCGCGCGCCCCUCUGGCCGCGCUUCUCGACAGCCUCUCGGCCACCCACCGGCGCGUGGUGGUCGUGUACGACAUCAUGAACACAUUUGCAGCGGUGGAGGCGGCGCGGCUGGGCAACGGCGAGGCGUACGGGCUGAUGUGCGUGGCCAUCUCGUGCCACCUGGGGUGGCUGGACGCCGGGCACCAGCUCCUGCGGAAGAACGGCGGCCAGUACGUCCCAAUGGAAGUGUCCUCUUCCAAGGAGUUCAUGGAGUACAUGUUUCGGAGAACGGCGGAAUUGCAGGUCGCCGGAGGCCCAGGCGCGGCCUCGGCAGUAGGGCUGGUCAUGAACACGUGCCGCGAGCUGGAGGGCGAGUUCAUCGACGCCACCGCUGAACACCCGAUAUACAAGGACAAGAAGCUCUUCGCGGUCGGGCCACUGAACCCGCUGCUGGACGCGAGCGCGAGCGUGCGCACGCCGGGGAAGACGCGGCACAAGUGCAUGGACUGGCUUGACGCGCAGCCUCCGGCGUCGGUGUUGUACGUGUCCUUCGGGACGACGUCCUCCUUCCGGGGAGAGCAGAUCGCGGAGAUAGCAGCGGCGCUCAAGGGCAGCAAGCAGAGGUUCAUCUGGGUGCUGCGCGACGCCGACCGUGCCGACAUAUCCGCCGGACUAGGCGAGACCCAGCACGACAAGCUGAUGACCGAGUUCACUAGAGAAACCGAGGGAACGGGGUUGGUAAUCACCGGAUGGGCGCCGCAGCUUGAGAUCCUGGCUCACGGCACCACGGCGGCGUUCAUGAGCCACUGCGGCUGGAACUCUACCUUGGAGAGCCUGGGCCACGGUAAGCCUAUACUCGCGUGGCCAAUGCACUCCGACCAGCCGUGGGACGCGGAGCUUAUCUGCAAGUACCUCAGGGUCGGCCUCCUCGUGAGGCCAUGGAAGAAGCACGAUCAGGUCGUACCGGCGGAGGCCAUCCAAGAGGUGAUCAAGGAAGCGAUGCUUUCAGAGAAUGGAAUGACGAUGCGUCGGCGGGCGAAGGAGCUGGGCGAGGCCAUUCGUGCCUCUGUGGCGGGCGGCUCAUCUAGCAGAGACCUGGACGAGUUAGUUGCUUGCAUCACAAGGUGA